AAAUAACCAAAAAUAAAUGAAGAAAAACUAGAAAUAAUAGAAAACAGUCACUGUAAGUUCAAAAAACGUUUCUUUUAAAAAAAAAUAUUUACACCGUAAAAGUAAUCUUUUUCUUUUUGAUUUUAACAUAUUUUUGAAAAAUUCUCUUUUAUUUAGUAACUAAAAAACAACCAAGUGGACCCGUUGCAGUCGCUGUAAAAGAAUGCUUAAGUUGAUGAGUUAUGCCGAGCGAGUGUGUUGAGUUGAGCAUGCAACCCAAGGUGAAACCUAGACAAAAAACUAAUGCAGAAGCCAGUUAAGACUAGAGAAUGCAAACACCACCGAACUCCUCCUCUGAUAUGCUUUUAAAUAUUACUUCUUCUUAUAAUGAUGCAGAGAUUGAACAUCGCCCUUAAAAUAACAUGGCAAAGGAAGUUUCAAAUUACACGACAACUUUACUUCACUGUAAAAUCUCGCAGUUUUGCCAUGCCCCCAAGAGCAAAGACUUCUGUUGAAGACUCAAACUUAUAUUCCUCAAACAAAAAGAUCUCACAUUUCACGCGAACAGGUCGGAUUAAUGAAGCAAGAGCAUUGUUUGAUAAAUUGGAGCGGAGGAACACUGUGACAUGGAAUUCAAUGAUUAGUGGGUACGUGAAACGAGGAGAGAUGACCAAAGCAAGAAAACUGUUUGAUGAAAUGCCUGAGAGAGAUGUUGUCUCAUGGAAUUUGAUUAUUUCUGGGUAUGUUUCCUGUCGUGGGAAGAGGUUUAUUGAGGAAGGAAGGAACUUGUUUGAUAAAAUGCCUGAGAGGUGUUGUGUCUCUUGGAACACGAUGAUUAGUGGUUAUGCAAAGAAUGGGAGGAUGGACGAGGCAUUGGGGCUUUUUAAUACUAUGCCUGAGAAGAAUUCUGUCUCGUGGAAUGCUAUGGUUUCUGGGUUUUUGCAGAAUGGUGAUGUGGUGCGUGCAAUUGAGUUUUUUAAGAGAAUGCCUGAAAGGGAUGUGACGUCACUGAGUGCACUUGUGUCUGGUCUUAUUCAGAAUUCAGAAUUGGAUCAAGCUGAAAGAAUUUUGCUUGAUUAUGGAAAUAAUGGUGGAUCAAAAGAAUAUUUAGUUCAUGCUUAUAAUACUUUGAUUGCUGGGUAUGGUCAGAGAGGAAGGGUUGAUGAAGCUCAAAAUCUUUUUGAUAAGAUUCCAUUUUAUAAUGACCAGGGAAAAGGAAGAACUGGGAGGUUUGAGAGAAAUGUGGUAUCAUGGAAUACUAUGAUUAUGUGCUAUGUGAAGGCAGGAGAUGUUAUCUCUGCUAGGAAACUCUUUGACCAAAUGCCUGAUCGGGAUUCCUUUUCUUGGAAUACUAUGAUUAGCGGGUAUGUUCAUGUGUUAGAUAUGGAGGAGGCCUCCAACCUCUUCCAUAAAAUGCCAAGCCCGGAUACCCUUUCAUGGAAUUUGAUGAUCUCAGGAUAUGCUCAGAGUGGUAGUCUGGAACUUGCUCAUGAUUUCUUUGAGAGGAUGCCGCAAAAGAACUUGGUCUCAUGGAAUUCCGUGAUUGCUGGGUAUGAGAAGAACGGUGAUUAUAUAGGAGCAAUUAACCUCUUCAUUCAGAUGCAAGUUGAAGGAGAGAAAUCUGAUCGACACACUUUAUCUUCACUUCUCAGCGUAUCUUCUGGAAUUGUGGAUUUGCAACUCGGUAUGCAGAUUCAUCAGUUGGUCUCAAAGACAGUUAUUCCAGAUGUGCCACUAAACAAUGCCCUGAUUACCAUGUAUUCAAGAUGUGGGGCAAUAUUUGAGGCACGGACCAUUUUUUAUGAGAUGAAGCUGCAGAAAGAAGUAAUCUCUUGGAAUGCAAUGAUUGGAGGAUAUGCAUCUCAUGGUUAUGCUACAGAGGCUUUAGAACUUUUCAAAUUGAUGAGAAGUUUCAAAGUGCAGCCUACAUAUAUAACCUUUAUAUCAGUUUUAAAUGCCUGUGCUCAUGCUGGACUAGUUGAAGAAGGUCGGAGGAUAUUUGAAUCCAUGGUAAGUGAUUAUGGUGUUGAGCCAAGGGUUGAACACUUUGCCUCCCUUGUGGACAUUGUGGGUCGGCAGGGACAGCUUGAGGAGGCCCUGGAUCUAAUCAAUAGCAUGACAAUUGAGCCAGAUAAGGCUGUCUGGGGUGCAUUACUGGGUGCUAGCAGGGUUCAUAACAAUGUAGAGAUGGCCAGAGUUGCUGCUGAAGCAUUGAUGAAACUUGAACCAGAUAGCUCAGUUCCAUACAUCUUGUUAUACAACAUGUAUGUUGAUGUUGGGCAAUGGGACAAUGCAGCAGAAAUAAGAUCAAUGAUGGAGAGGAAUAAUAUCAAGAAAGAAGCAGCAAUCAGUUGGGUAGAUUCCUCCCAGUGGUGAUCAUUGAAAUAGAUGAGCUGUCUACUGAAGGUUACAUUGGUUGGUUGCGUAAUUUUUAUUAGCAACAGUAAGAGAACUCCACUUUGAUUGCACCUCUCUGAAGAUGGAGAUAAGGAACCAACACUAGAAAAUUAUGGAGGGGUAAUGCUAUCUGCUCUUGAUGCUGCUGCAUCAGGGAAUGAUGGCAGUUAAAUUCAUAAUAUAAGAGGGGUUGUUUACUUUGCGUGAUAAUCUUUACGAGUGGAUGGAUAAAUUAAGAGAAACUGGCUGUUUCAAGUUGGCUUAUCUAGUCUUUUAAGUGACUUGGUGUGCUUUCAUGGAGCCAGAUGCGAAUUCUCUAAGGAGUAAGGGCACUGGAAUUGUCAGACUGUGAAGGGGGGUUGCUUGUUCGGGCCCAUAUAUAACUUAUAUGGCGAGUGUCAGGAUGUGGUCGGAUGAUUAUGUCGACAAAAGAGCUCACCAAGCUCAUUCUUGUUAUGAAAGCAGAUGAGCAAGUCAACUCAUUAUCAUACCACAGUAUUCUCCAGGAUUGGAAUUGAGAAUGAUUUGAGGCAUAGACUUUGAAGGGCAUUGAGAAUGCUACUCUCCCUUCAAAAAUUAAACAGCUGAAAUGGAAGGCUAGGGACUGGAUAUACUGUGUAGCUUCACCACAGGAUCUGAUGUUGCACGGAGACUAGCUCAGAGUAGAAUAAACAGUGUAAAGAACUUUUUAAAGUAUAGAGCAUAUACAAAACAUGCAGGCAAGCAGAGCAAACUGCAGCUUCAGCAACCAGUAAUGCUUGAACCUUGUAAAGCUUUCCUCAGGUUCAUAACUUGCCAUUGCAUGGAAGCCUUGUAAAGCUUUGCUUGCAUCAAAAUGAUACAUUUUACACUGGUCA